ACCGACAAAACACCACCGAAGAAGAAGAUGAAGCGCGUUCGUGUUUAUUUUGAUUGCUAGCAUGCUGCUGGAAGUUAGCUAGCACAACAGAACCAAUGCAUGAUUCUUGAAGCGAUAUAUGGGUUGUUCAAUGUAGAAAGUAACGUUAUAAUACGCUAAACUAAUACGUAUAAAUACAUGUUUUAAGAUAAUGUAAAUAGCUCACUUUUUAGGAACGUUUGCGAACAGUUCCAGUCGACUUGAAUGAAUGACAUGCUGGAGUACUAACGUUAGCUAGCUAAAUAAGCUAGCUAUCUCCACUGAACUUUUGUCAUUUAUUCUAAACUGUAACCGUUACCUAGCCUAAUUGUUUAAUUGUGGAUCGUGAUGGAUGCAAACGAACUUCACAAAAGCUACCUAAGCUAACUAGCUAGCUGUUAAAAGCUAGCUAGUAACGUAGCUAGCUUAGCUACAUAUCUCGCUGCGUUCAUCAAUGUCAACAAUGCCAUGGGCAAUCAGCUAUUCAACACCGUCAACUGAAUCAUUUCUAUCCACGCCCGUUUAUCAACUGUGAGCUAAAUCGAUCAAAAUGAGGAUUCUACGGGCCUUGAUGAGUAACGCCGCUUCAAUGGGAAAGCAUAUUGAUUACUACUCCAGGUUCUCCCCUUCUCCCCUCUCAAUGAAACAGUUCUUGGACUUCGGGUCUGGUGAAAAUGCAUGCGAGAAAACAUCAUUUGCAUUCCUCAGACAGGAGCUACCUGUGAGGUUGGCAAACAUAAUGAAGGAGAUCAACUUGUUACCUGAUAAUCUGCUAAAGACUCCAUCAGUCCGGUUGGUACAGAGUUGGUACAUGCAAAGUCUUCUAGACAUUAUUGAGUUCAAGGAGAAAGAUGCCGAUGAUGAGAAAGUAACAUACGAUUUCACUGAUGCUGUUAUAAAGAUCCGAAACCGUCACAAUGACGUCAUCCCGACAAUGGCCCAGGGGGUUGUGGAGUACAAGGAGACCUAUGGCACAGACCCCAUCGUCAGCCAGAACGUUCAGUAUUUCCUGGAUCGCUUCUACAUGAGCAGAAUAUCCAUCAGGAUGCUGCUUAACCAGCACACCCUGCUCUUUGGUGGGAAGGUGAGGGUAAACCCAGCGCAUCCUAAACAGAUUGGCAGUAUUGAUCCGCACUGCAGUGUUACUGAAGUAGUUAGGGAUGCGUAUGAAAAUGCAAGAAACCUAUGUGAUCGGUAUUACAUGAACUCUCCUGAGUUGGUACUGGAACAAUUCAAUGUGAAAGAUGAUGGAAAGCCAGUGACUGUAGUGUAUGUGCCAUCCCAUCUCUACCACAUGGUAUUUGAACUUUUCAAGAAUGCCAUGAGAGCCACCAUGGAGUUGUAUGGCGACUCUAUGGACUAUCCUCCUGUACAUGCCCAGGUGGCCCUGGGGAGUGAAGACCUGACAGUCAAGGUGAGUGAUCGCGGAGGAGGGGUCCCUCUGAGGAAGAUUGAGAGGCUGUUCACCUACACCUACUCCACCGCCCCCCCGCCCAGCAUGGACGGCCAACGCAGCCCUCUGGCUGGAUAUGGGUACGGCCUGCCCAUCUCUCGAUUAUAUGCCAGAUACUUCCAAGGUGAUUUGAAGCUGUACUCUCUGGAGGGCUAUGGCACCGAUGCUGUGAUAUAUAUCCGGGCAUUGUCCACGGAGUCCAUCGAGAGGCUUCCUGUUUACAACAAGUCAGUCUGGAAGCACUACAAGACCAUGCACGAGGCAGACGACUGGUGUGUUCCAAGCAAGGAGCCCAAGGACAUGACAACGUUCCGUAGUUUUUAGGCCUAGAUGCCUCCUGGUUAGACUAGUGUCAUUUGCUAGAUGACUUACUGUACAUGAAUUGCUUUGUGUGAGUGAUGCGAUAGCUGUUCCACUGUGGGAAGCAAUAGGUCAAAACCCUUUGCACCUUUACUGGUUGUAUGGAUACAUAACUAGCGAAGUUCUAGUGCCAUACGUUUGUGGGAGUGUUGCUAAUUUCAAACCGGACAUGUUUAUUACGUGAAAGGAUUGCUUGGUUUCUAGCAUUUUGCUGAAAGGGGAAAAAGAGUGAAUGUUGCUUGUUAUUUAUACUGAGUGUUCUCCACUGGCUGAAGAUGUUUGUUAUUAAAGUUGUGCAGCUACGAGGUUUUUUUCCAUGUCUUCCGCUAUCGCUGAAGGAAUAUUAUUUUAUCAUCUCGACAGUAUAGAAGUACAUGUUUUCUUUGUCCUCCAGUGAUACAUCAGAGAAAUAAAAAUAUUGUUAGUACUUGUUCUAACCGAUGUGUUAUAUCUGUCAAGUGUUGUGGAACUUCCAUCUCAUGAUUGCGGAAACCAUUAGACCUUCCAAUAAAGCACAAAAUACACCCACAAAAGAA